CACAGUUCAACCGGCAGUCUUAACUAAAAGAACAAUACUGAAUAAUAAAAGAAGAACUGCAAGAUGAGUGUAACGACAAAACAACAAAGCAGUGCUGGCGGUGCUGGCGUGGGUAAAUCAGGGGAUGAUCCAGGACCAAGGCAGGAAUACCUGAAGAAGUCUGAAUACUUCAUGGGGGUUGCCCUCCUGACAGCACAAAGGAGCAGAGAUCCGAGCACACAGGUGGGAGCCUGCAUUGUGAACCAGGAAAACAAGGUAGUGGGGAUAGGUCACAACGACAUGCCCAAUGGCUGCGAUGGCCAACUGACCUGGAAAGGGUCCCCCGAGAACAGUACUGACAAAGAUGAUCAAUGCAAGAAAUCAGGUGAUCAACACAAGAAAUCAGAUCGUCAGUGCGAGCAAUCAGAUGAUCAAUGGUUGGAAACCAAGUACCCCUACGUGUGUCACGCUGAGCUGAACGCCAUCAUGAACAAGAACUCCGCGGACGUGAAGGGCUGCACCAUGUACGUGACCCUGUUCCCCUGCAAUGAGUGCACCAAGCUCAUCAUCCAGGCAGGUAUAAAGGAUGUGAUUUAUCUAUCAGACAAGUAUCACGACAAAAAGGAAUUUACUGCCUCCAGACGCCUACUCGACAUGGCGGGGAUCCUGUACAAGCAGUUUGAGCCAAAGAGAAACAAGAUCAUCAUCGAUUUUAAUUCCAUCGACGGGUCUAAAACUCACGAGGACACGGCGGGCCCUGUUGCACCUUGAUCCUGCUGGAGCUCUACCUGCUCUACCUGCCCUCUUCUCACAUGGAAGGAAUUACUCAUCGCAUCUUCAUUGUUCUGCAGCUUUCAUUUUCAAAGUUUCAGCACAGUCCAGUUAUGGUUAUGGCUUAGGUGUGUGCUUUCCUUGCCAAACAAACUCCUGACGCACAUUUUACUUUACUGACUUUUAUACCUUUAAUCAAUUUCAUUGGUAUCCCCAAAAAAUGUUAGAGUUAAUGGGUUAAUGAGGCACUGGUGGAUGGAAUUAUGCAUGCUAAUAUAAUUUAACCGAUUUUUUGAUUUUUCUAAUAAAUUACACUGAAUCAAA